AUAAUAUAUAGAUGACAACACUCUUAAUUACAUACUUGUUGAUAUAAACCAUGGAUCUAACAUUGUACGUCGUGAUCAUCAUUCUUUUAUUUGAUAGUUUAAGGGGUGAAAAUGUUCACAUAUCCUUAACGAAGACAAAACAUACAUGGUUCCAAGCCAGAGACAAAUGUUCACUAGUAGGAAAUGUACAUACAAAUAUAACUAUUCGAACUUUGAACUCUGACCUUAUGUGGACAGGCGAUAGUGGCAAAUAUUUGCCAUGGGUAGAAUAUCUAGGAUGUUUCGGAUUAAACGAGGAUCGACAGUUAAUAGGAUAUAAAACAAAUGUGGAACCAGGAAACCAAUUAAAAGACUGUUUAUUGUAUUGCAAACAGUACAAUUUUAUUGGCUUGCAUCAAAAAGACAAUUUACCAAUGUAA